GGUAACUUUUUUUCUAGCUUUCCCGGAUUUCCUCGCUGUUGAUGUUCGCAUCUGAGUUACCCGAUCUUUAAUUUCUUCUUCAGGAUCGAGAUAGAUCAUCUCAGCUGUUCCCGGUCUAAGCCUCCAAGGCGAGAUGUCGUCGACGACGACCACCAAGAGAGCGAGGGUCGUCGUAGCCAUAGGAUCGCUUGGCGCGUUGGUGCUGCCGGACGAGGUGACGACAGAGGUGCUCCUGCGGCCGCCCGUCAGAUCCAUCCUCCGCUUCCGCGCCGUCUGCCGCUCCUGGGCCGUCGCGCUCUCGUCGGAGGAGUUCUGCAGCCUCCACACGGCCAAAGCUGAGGCGGAGGCCAAGGCGGUGCCGCAACCUAAGCUCAUAUUCAUCUCGCCGUCAGCAGCAUAUGACUCCACCGGGGUGUACCUGGGCUCGUCAUCGGACUCUAGCAAUGGCCCGUUGUUUACUCUCGACGACGUGCACGGCGACUUUGCAGUCUUAUCACCUUUGCCGUGCCACGGCCUCACUCUCCUGCACGACCCGGUGGCGCCGGCCUAUUACGUCUCCAACGCGGCCACACGGGCGGUCACCCAGCUGCCGCCUUGCCAGCACGCCAUCUUCUCGACUGCUGGCCUCGGCUUUGACGCCAGCACCAAGGAGUACAAGGUCGUGAGGCUGAGGGUGGCCUGUGGGAAACUGGACGAGAAGCAGAGGAUCGGGUGCGAGGUGUACGAUCCUCGGCGGCGAGCAUGGAGAUCGCUGGAGGCCACCUGUUGGUGGUGUGCCAUUCAGGUUCUGCCACUUUAUUCAGACCGCCAUUAUAACAGCAACAUGGACUCAAGGUAAGCUACCACCGAUAUUUGCGGAUGGAUUUCUGCCACCGGUAUUUGCAGACGGAUUUCUGCAUUGGCUUAUUUACCCAAGUGCUGGGCCAAGCGCUGCCGUAUUAUCAUUUUCUCUCAAAGAUGAGACCUUCGUCUGCGUCCGGUCGCCGCCUUUUGAGGAACCACAACCCGAAGUGCACUUGGUGGACCUCGCUGGCCGCUUGUGUAUGGUCCGGGACCUUCGUGCUCAAAACAGUGGUA